AUGGCUGGUGAUGUCGGCCUGAGCCUGCUACCAGUGCCGCUGAUUCAUCUAGCCGGACUGGAUGUGCAGCGCAAUGCCGUCCAUAAAUACAUUCAAGACUCUUUCCGGACCAGCCAAAACGUCGCAGCUCGCUUCGACUUCGUCCCCAUCGACAGUACUUAUGCCCAGAAGAAAGAAACACGCGAGCACAUCGAGCAGUACAUUCCGCGCGGCAUCUUCAAAAAGCGCUGGAUGAUCAAACACCUCUCAGAGCUACCCUCGGUGAUCUGCCUCUUCGUGGAUUUGGAAUGGACGGAUCAAAACUGGGAUCAGCGCUUGACGGAAAUUGUUUCCAAAAUUGCCAUUAUUCGCCAUUUGAUCCAAGGACGUCGAAUUCAGAUCUGUCUGGUGCUCCUGCAGGGGGCCGAGGGCGGCGAAAAGAACACAAAGCGCGUAGACGAGCUCCAGGAGCAGACCGAACUUAACAGAAAUCGCAUUUUCGUCUUGCCCGUCACCCCCGACCACCUCACUGGAUAUAUUCAGCAGCUUCAAGCUCGCCUCCUCGAACGCGCUAACUCGUUUUACGAAAGUAUAAUCACAGAACUCAAGCUCAGGAUAGAAAAUAACGCCUCGAAGAUUUACCCCCUGCUCUUCUGCAGAUACUUGUUCAAAGUGGCCUUCUUCUGCGAAGUAACACGCAAUUUCGAAGACGCGAUCACCUUCUACAAGCAUUGUUUCUCGAAACUGACGAUGGCCGAUCUGAUUCCGAUGACUGCGACGAACUACACGGAGCUACGCGAAUUCGCAUCACUCGUAAAUUACAAGCUCGUCAAGCUCUAUCUGACUGUGCCACCUUACUUCCAACGAGAUUUCGCCUUGAAGCAAUUUCAUCGACACAUCGACUACUUUUCCCGCUUCAAGGGUGCUCCUGAACUUGGCUUCGAGUAUUACGCGUGGCUGGGGCAGCAGUACCGAAGUUAUGGCGAGCUGCUGAGCGAAUAUAACAAUGGGCUUAGGGUUAACUCGCAGCCGGCAUUUUUUCUGUUAAAAUCAGCUAAUUUCGAGCGCCGUCGAGCUGAAUUCGUCCGUCAAAUCCGAGCUCAAGUCCUCGCCCAGGCUUAUCCCAAGCCAGAUCCUCUUGGAAACGAGCAAGUAUUCUUGGGAGAAAGAGUUUGGCGCAAAAACGGACUCCGCACAGAACUUUCUGCGGCGAAUUCUCAAGCUGAAAUGAUCGCCACGUUCUCUCUUCAAUAUAAAGAGUGCCAUUUCGAUCAUUGUCUGGAGAUCACUCGAACCUUGCACAAGGCAAACAGCGAGUUUACGAAUAGCGGUUACAUGAAAUUCCGUCCCCAGCUUUUGGUCACUAUGGCUGAAGAGUAUAUAAAAUCUGGUGAACCUGAAGGUCGAACUAGAGCAGCCACGCUUCUUCACAAAUGCUCAGAGUUGAUCAACCCAACCUGGCCUCUGCUUGCAACGAAAUGCUAUUCCUUACUGAGAGAGUGCCUUGCCCCAAACGAAUCCCAAAAACUCGCCAGAUGUUUGUUCUUUCUUGCCUCGUCAUUCAGUAGAUGCUCCCAAUCAGAGAAAGAUGCAUUUACGUCAGAUUUUACGAACCUCUGCUCUUCGAUUCCCGAAAAGAUCAGUAUCGACGGCCAAUAUGGUUUUGUCAAAUGUUAUUUCGAGUUUUCUGAACCGGCCUUUCACGCAGCAUCUGAGCUUACUCUCAAUGUUGAAUUGAAGAACGAUUGCGUGAACACACCUGUUACUAUCAGCAGUAUAGAUGCAAAGUACAGCCAGAGCUGCGCCAACGAAAGCGUCUUUAUCAACGAGCCGAUAACGUUCGCUCCUGGAGAGACGAAGUCAUUUUCUUUCAAAUAUAAAAUUCCCGCGACACUGACAGCGAAGAACUUGGUAGCAGAGGAGAUUUCCAUCAAUAUUGGAAAAGUGACGAUACAAUUCGACAGGAGUGGGCUCAAGCCACGAGGGCUCAUCCCUUUCGAAAGUGAUGUUGCGCGUGAUGCUCUUUGCCUACGAGUAGCUGAGCAUUCGAAAAGCACCCCUCAGAGUUGCAAGAUUCUUCAGAGAACAGCACAAAUGUCACUUGCGAUGAGCGAUCCAAUCAAAAUAUUUUCAAACGAAAUGGUCAAAGUUGAAAUAACUUACUCGGUCGAAGAAGAUUAUUCGAAAGAUGACGCCAAGCUGACGGUGCAAUGCAACAAAGAGUCAUCAAUAGGAAUGAGUAAAGGCGAUCUUCAGGUCAAAGAUCCUAACCAGUGUUUGACAUUCAAUAUGUCCUCGUCUUCGGAGACGUUCACAGUUUGGAUGAAAAAUGAAACGACCACCUUCACGGAGCCAAGCUUACUAGUCGCCUCAAUGAACCUGUCGAUUGAUGAUUACGCUUGCUCGUUACGAGCAGAGCGGCGACUGCUACCAGCGCUGCCUUUCAAAGUCUCAGCCAAAACCCAGAUCCCGUCGCCGCUUGCCCAGGAACCUGUGGAUCUUGAUUUUGGUGAUUCUGCUCAAUUCGUCAUUCCACUUGCAAAAAAGGAUGGUGCUCUGCCCACUAACUCGAUGUCUGUCGAACUUGGGAAGCUGAAGAUUUUUUGGUCUCGGAAAGACUCAGAUGAUGAGGAGUUUUGCUUUUUGACGAGCUUAGGAACGCUUCCGAUUGCGAAAGACGAAGAGGAAAUCUCUCUGACAGCGAAAUUACCUGAUGUUUGCGAGCAAUGGCAGCCAUUUGAUUUGGAAAUUGAAAUUUCAAAUGUUUCCACGCAAUUGAAGUCUUGCUCACUCGAGGUUGAAACGUCCAACGAUUUCCAGAUUCUUUCGCUUCCACGAGAUCAAUCAGUUCCAAUCCAUUCUGUCAUUUCACGCUCACUCCUCGUCCAUCCCAACCCAAGCAAGAGCGAGUUUGCUAGGCUCAAAGCUUACCCUGUAAAUUACGAUGCGUAG